AUGUGCCUCGCGCAUGCGUGAAGCCCUCUUUUACGGUGGGAAUAAUGGCGGGUGAAGAAGCAAAGAAGGUACCAGCGGUCCCCGAAAGCCUUCUGAAAAGGCGGAAGGCCUUUGCGGCCAUGCGAGCAUCUCGCAUCAAGAAGAUGCUGACUGAGAAGAAGAGCCGCAAAGUGACCAGGCACCUGAUCUACAAGCGGGCAGAGUCUUACCACAAGGAGUACAGGGAGAUGUUCAGGCGGGAGGUCCGUUUGGGCAGAACUGCUCGCAAAGUUGGGAACUUCUAUGUCCCUGCCGAACCCAAACUGGCCUUUGUCGUCAGGAUCAGAGGUAUCAACGGCGUCAGCCCCAAGGUGCGCAAGGUGCUCCAGCUUCUCCGUCUUCGCCAGAUCUUCAACGGAGUCUUCGUCAAGCUCAACAAGGCCUCCAUCAACAUGCUCAGAAUCGCCGAGCCCUACAUUGCAUGGGGCUAUCCCAACCUGAAAUCUGUGCGUGAGCUCAUCUACAAGCGCGGCUAUGGCAAGAUCAGGAAGCAGCGCAUUGCCCUGACUGACAACUGCCUCGUGGAAAAGUCUCUGUCGAAAUUCGGCAUCAUCUGCGUCGAAGACUUGAUCCAUGAGAUCUACACCGUCGGGAAGAACUUCAAGGGCGCAAACAACUUCCUGUGGCCCUUCAAGCUGUCUUCUCCCCGUGGUGGCAUGAACAAGAAGACCACCCACUUUGUGGAGGGGGGAGAUGCAGGCAACAGAGAGGACCAGAUCAACAGACUCAUCAGGAGGAUGAACUAGAGGAACGGGUUCUCGCACAAAAUCUGCUGCUGGCCUAUGCGAUAAAGAUCUCGAAUAAACGUUUAUUAAAAUUGAAAAA